AUGGAACAACUACUGUGUUUCCUCACGUUUAUUUCUGUGUUUGUUGACCUUGGAAUUUGUAAGAGUAACGAAACAUUUUUUUAUUUCGCUUAUGGCAGCAAUUUAUUAUCCAAGAGAAUACACAUCAACAAUCCGUCAGCGGUUUACUACAGUCCUGCAAAACUAGAGAAUCACAGGCUAGACUUCAAUUUUUUCGUUGAGGCAUGGAAUGGCGCAGUUUCUACUAUCGUCGAGGAUGAUACCGAAGAAGUUUGGGGUGUUUUAUGGACACUAAACAUUGACCAAAUGAAAUAUUUAGAUGACCAAGAAGGUGUAACAUUAGGCUGGUACUUCCCUAAAAAUGUGACUGUAACGACACCUGAUGGAAAGCAGAUAUUGGCUCGGACGUACCAGGAAACCAUGACUCCUGAAAAGCUGAAUAAAUGCGAGGAUUUACCAGUUGAAAGACGACCUUCGAGUACUUAUCUAGAGGUAAUAGCACUCGGUGCUAUAGAGUCGCAUCUCCCAGCGGAUUACAUUGCAUUUAUCUUCUCAUUCCCCAGCAACGCACAAAUGGCUACCGCAAAAAGAAGAAAUGAGCUAGGAUAUCCAUUUUAA